GGCAGCUCCCUUUCUGCUCUUACCGUACUCACUAAACUCAAGUGCCAUGGAGGACUGAGUAGUUUCCUGCUGCAACCUUCUCUUUUUCAGCUUUCUUCCAUGUCCGAUCACUCCCCACUUGGUUUUUGUUGACGUUUUUUACUCUUUUUCUGAGCUUUGACCGAUCCGAGAACAUGAAGUACAUCAUCGGCAUUGGCGGUGUAACCAAUAGAGGGAAAUCCACCCUCAACAACCGACUGAUCAAGAGCCUGCCCAACUGCUGCGUGGUCCAUCAGGAUGACUUCUUCAAGCCCCAAGGUCAGAUUGAAGUUGGUGAAGAUGGCUUUAAGCAGUACGAUGUCAUCACUGCUCUGGACAUGGACGCCAUGAUAAGUAGGUUCUACACGGGACUGGAGAACCCGGUGAAGUUUGAUAAGUCUCAUGGUGUUAAUAACACCCCGGACACAGAGAUCGUCCUGAAGUCCGACCACAAGGAGGAGGAGGAGGAGACUCACAUCCUCAUUGUGGAGGGCUUCCUGCUUCACACCGACAGGCCUUUGAUGGACGUGCUAAACCAACGUUACUUUAUUUCCAUCCCAUAUGAAGAAUGCAAAAAGGAGGAGGUUCUUUAGGAAGUACAAUAUUUGUCAGGAUUUACAUUUUCAUUCCAGUAGAAUUCAUAAAAUGACUCUUUCAUUCUUGCACUUACGUUGUGAUGGGUUUGUCCUCAAACCGGUCACAUGCAUAAGGUCGUAGGUCAAACUGUUCAGGUUGGAAAAAACUCUACACAUCAGAAUGAUCCAAGAGGUUCAAUCAACAAAAAAGGGGCCAAAUCAGCUGAUCUGCUGCCCCUCACACAGCCUGAGGAUGAAGAGGACCAAAUCAUUCACGGUGAUUUGAACUCUCAGCAGCCCAUCUGUAACUCUGACAGUGUUACAUGCAGUAAAUAUGAUGCUGAUCAUACACAUAUAUAUACACACACACGUAUAAAAUAAAAACAUUAAGCUUAUGUUUUUUGUAACAGUGGGUUCUACAGGGUUAAAUGGUUUUAAACCAUUUUGUCAUCUGUAGU